AUGGGCCGACUUGAUGGGAAGGUCGUUGUCCUCACAGCUGCUGCUCAGGGGAUCGGCCGGGCAGCCGCGUUGGCUUUUGCAAGAGAAGGUGCCAAAGUCAUAGCCACAGAUAUCAAUGAAUCCAAACUUCAGGAACUGGAAAAGUGCCCAGGUAUUCAGACUCGGGUCCUUGAUGUCACAAAGAAGAAGCAAAUUGACCAGUUUGCCAAUGACAUUGAGAGACUUGAUGUUCUCUUUAAUGUUGCUGGUUUCGUCCAUCAUGGAACCAUCCUGGACUGUGAGGAGACAGACUGGGACUUCUCGAUGAACCUCAACGUCCGCAGCAUGUACCUGAUGAUCAAGGCUUUUCUUCCUAAGAUGCUGGCUCAGAAAUCUGGCAACAUUAUCAACAUGUCCUCUGUGGCUUCCAGCAUCAAAGGAGUUGUGAACAGGUGCGUGUACAGCACAACCAAGGCAGCCGUGAUCGGCCUCACCAAGUCCGUGGCUGCAGACUUCAUCCAGCAGGGCAUCCGGUGCAACUGUGUGUGUCCAGGAACAGUUGAUACCCCAUCUCUGCAAGAAAGAAUACAAGCCAGACCAAAUCCUGAAGAGGCACUGAGCGAUUUCCUAAAGAGACAGAAAACAGGAAGGUUUGCAACUGCAGAAGAAGUAGCCCUGCUCUGCGUGUACUUGGCCUCCGAUGAAUCUGCCUACGUCACAGGUAAUCCUGUCAUCAUUGAUGGAGGCUGGAGUUUGUGA